CCUCUAUGGGCUGAUUUUACCAAGUCUCGCUCGAGAGCCUUUGAGAGAAGAGUUUGUGUUUCUUAAGGAAAAAAAAACACUUUUUUUUUUUUGUUUCUUCUUCUUCUUCGUCUUCUUCUUCCAAUUCUCCAAACGCCAUCACGCCUUUGGAAAAAGGCUGCUCUUUUUUGUUUGUCCUUCUUGACUCUUAAAUUAAAUUUUGCUCAUAAUUUCCAAAUUUGUGCUAAAAACUUUCGACUUUCUAGAUCAAUCCGAUUCCCAAAUCUCGUUAUUCACUCCCGCCCCCAACGAGCGAUUCUAGGGUUUCUCUCUGUGUGUUUUGGGUUGCUGAAUCACCUUGUUACUAUCAUCGAUUUCAUCUGAAGUUGAGAUUUUUAAAGGCUUUCAGAAUAAUUUGAAAUGCACCGGGUUGGAAGUGCCGGCAGUAAUGGCGGUUCUGUUCGCACUCGCAAAGAGAAAAAGCUUACUUAUGUGUUAAAUGAUGCCAACGAUACAAAGCAUUGUGCUGGCAUAAAUUGCUUGGAUGUGUUGAAGUCGUCUGUUUCUAAUGAUCAAAGCUACCUCUUCACUGGAAGUCGUGAUGGUACACUCAAGAGAUGGGCAUUUGACGAGGAUGCGACCUUCUGCUCAGCUACAUUUGAGUCUCAUGUUGACUGGGUGAACGACGCUGCUCUGGCUGGUGAGAGCACUCUUGUUUCUUGUUCUUCAGACACUACGGUCAAGACAUGGGACGGUUUAUCAGAUGGAGUCUGUACGAGGACUCUCCGUCAGCAUUCUGACUAUGUUACUUGUUUGGCAGUUGCGGCAAAAAAUAAUAAUGUUGUUGCAUCUGGUGGCCUUGGUGGGGAGGUUUUUAUAUGGGAUAUUGAAGCUGCUUUGUCACCAGUUACCAAACCUAAUGACGCUAAUGAAGAUAGUUCUUCAAAUGGUGCAAAUGGUCCUGUUACAAGUUUAAGAACUGUUGGUUCAAGCAACAAUAUCUCUGUGCAGUCAUCUCCAUCUCAUGGGUACACACCAACAAUUGCGAAAGGCCAUAAGGAGUCUGUGUAUGCUUUGGCGAUGAAUGAUACCGGAACGAUGCUCGUUUCUGGUGGAACAGAAAAGGUUUUACGUGUCUGGGACCCUAGAACCGGUUCAAAGAGUAUGAAGCUGAGAGGGCAUACAGAUAAUGUUAGAGUGCUGCUUCUGGACUCAACUGGCAGGUUUUGCUUGUCUGGGUCGUCUGAUUCUAUGAUAAGACUAUGGGAUCUAGGUCAGCAGCGAUGUCUUCAUACCUAUGCGGUGCAUACAGAUUCUGUUUGGGCGCUUGCAUGCAACCCAUCAUUUAGUCAUGUUUAUAGCGGUGGAAGAGACCAAUGUUUAUACUUGACAGACUUGGCAACAAGGGAGAGUGUUUUGCUGUGCACUAAGGAACAUCCAAUUCAACAAUUAGCGUUGCAAGAUAAUAGUAUAUGGGUUGCAACUACAGACUCCUCUGUAGAGAGAUGGCCUGCCGAAGUACAGAGUCCUAAAACGGUCUUUCAACGAGGUGGCUCCUUCUUGGCUGGGAAUUUGUCUUUUAAUAGGGCGAGGGUAUCUUUGGAAGGACUAAAUCCAGCCCCUGCAUACAAGGAGCCGUCAAUAACUGUCCCAGGAACUCACCCGAUUGUGCAACAUGAGAUUUUGAAUAAUAAAAGGCAAAUUUUAACCAAGGACGCAGCUGGCUCAGUGAAACUAUGGGAUAUAACUAGGGGUGUUGUGGUAGAGGACUAUGGAAAGAUUUCAUUUGAAGAGAAGAAAGAAGAACUGUUUGAGAUGGUAAGCAUUCCAUCGUGGUUUACUGUGGAUACACGACUUGGAUGCUUAUCUGUACAUUUGGAGACUCCACAAUGCUUCUCUGCUGAAAUGUAUUCAGCAGACCUUAAAGUUUCUGGGCGACCUGAAGAUGAUAAGAUUAAUCUAGCUCGUGAAACACUGAAAGGCCUGCUGGGUCACUGGCUGGCAAAGAAGAAACACAAACCAAAACCCCAAGUUCUUGCCUCUGGAGAUACUUUAUCUGUAAAAGAUACCAAAAAAAAUCUAAGUGCAUCAAAAACUGAAGAGAGUAGUGCUGCAAGUGAUCCGGUGUAUCCUCCAUUCGAGUUUUCUUCCGUCUCCCCUCCUUCCAUCAUAACUGAGGGUUCUCAAGGAGGACCAUGGAGGAAGAAGAUAACCGAGUUUACUGGAACUGAAGAUGAGAAGGACUUCCCAUUGUGGUGCUUGGACGCUGUCUUGAACAAUCGGCUUCCACCUAGAGAAAAUACAAAAUUAAGCUUCUUCCUGCAUCCAUGUGAAGGUUCAUCGGUGCAGGUGGUUACACUAGGGAAACUUAGUGCACCCCGGAUCUUAAGAGUUCACAAGGUUACCAAUUACGUUGUGGAAAAGAUGGUCCUUGACAAUCCGUUGGAUAGUCUAGCUAUUGAUGCAGCAAGUGUUUCAGGAGGACAACCUCAGCCACUGUUUUCAGGAAAUGGAUUGUUACAGUCUGGAUUAAAGCCUUGGCAGAAACUUAGACCUUCCAUUGAGAUCUUAUGUAAUAGCCAGGUCUUAUCUCCAGAUAUGAGUUUAGCAACUGUACGGGCAUAUGUAUGGAAGAAACCUGAGGAUCUGAUUCUCAACUACAGAGUGGCUAUAGCUAGAUAACUUUUGAGAUUGGGAUCUGUCUGCUGGUGCAUUUAAUCACAUGGAAGUCUAUAGCUUUUCAUUGCUUGUUCCUUCGAAAAGCAUAUAUCUUGGUUUACCUUGGCCUAGUGUUUACUUAGCUUCUCUUCUUUGGAGCUUGGAUUCAUGAGAAGUGGGCACCAAUAAAGGUCCAAGAUAUUUAGGUGAGAUGGUGUCGAAAGCUUUACUGAAUUUGUACAUUAGGUUUGAGCUUUGGAAAACAAAAAAACUUAGUAUCUAUUUUUGAUUGUUCGGUAUUAAUAAACAAAUAUUGUAUCUAAACUCCAUCAUCCCACUGUGGAAGCAACAUGCCGAGAAGAAAGGUCUUAGAAGCUCUCUGUGUUGU